UCCACAGUAAAUGCUUUUCUUUGGCGGUCUCUUGGAUUGGAGGGUUCUUGUUUGCUUUUGUCUCUCUCUCUGUCACCCAGUAAAGGAAAAAGCAACAUCACGCUCACACGCAGAUGAAGGGGAAAGAGAGAAGGCACGACAGAUAAUAGUGGUAACCCUAAAAUCAAACCAGAAACCACCAUUGUAUAUGGUGGAAGCUUUCUAGCUUUUCUUACUUCCCGGAGAGAGAGAGAGAGAGAGAGAGACCAGUGUUCUUAAGAAAAUGUUCGGAUGUUGUUGUCGGAAAACUGGGAAUGAAGCGUUUUCUUUUGGAUCUAAUCUCUUUUGGAUUGUGGAAAACGCCUGGUUGUGUUCGUGAGCUUGGAAACUUAGCUUGCAUGUCUUUUCCCUCGAGUCAAUAACUUUUCAAGUCUCGACCUUUGAUUCCGUUUUCUUCUUAUCCAUUUAUCCUUUAAAAAAACACUUCUCCCUCGCUUUAUAUCCUUAGCCACAAAUUUCGAACCUUUUAGGGUAGAGAUUUGCAUCUCACCGGAAUCGUAUAAAGUUCGCUCCUCUAGGCGUAAAUGCAUGGAUAGAAGAGAUGCAAUGGCGUUAUCCGGGUCGGGUUCUUACUAUAUCCAGAGAGGAAUAUCCGGGUCGGGUCCUCCGACUCAACCGACGUUCCACGGAUCACAAGGGAUUCACCCUAUGUCCAAUUCAAACCCUCCGUUCGGGUCAAACACGGGAAGCUCCGCCGGAUUCGGGUCUCCGCCUUUGUCCGUUGAGCAUUCUCCGGCUGGCGCUCCGUCCUCUACGGCGGCGGUUCCGCCCCACGUCGGCAUGAAUGUGGUUGCUCCGCCGCCGGGCGAGAUGCCCGUGAAGAGGAAGAGAGGGCGGCCGAGGAAAUACGGACAAGACGGUUCCGUGUCGCUGGCAUUGUCUCCGUCUGUUUCGACCAUGACCCCAAACCCUAACAGACGCGGCCGUGGACGGCCUCCGGGAUCGGGCCGCAAACAACGGUUAGCUUCCAUCGGUGAUUAUCUGCCUUCUUCCUCAGGAAUGAGCUUCACACCCCACGUCAUCACGGUUUCCAUAGGCGAAGACAUUGCAGCAAAGGUGUCAGCUUUCUCGCAGCAAGGUCCGAGGGCCAUUUGCAUCUUAUCCGCAAGUGGCGCCGUCUCUACUGCAACUCUUCAUCAGUCUUCAUCUUCCCCAGUGGCCAUUACAUACGAGGGCCGGUUUGAGAUCCUCUCUCUGUCUGCAUCAUAUCUGGUCACGAGCGAUGGAAGCUACCGGAACCGAGCUGGAAAUCUUUCAGUCUCGCUCGCUAGCCCGGAUGGACGAGUCAUUGGCGGUGGAAUCGGAGGGCCACUGGUUGCAGCCAGUGUUGUUCAGGUUAUUGUCGGAAGUUUCAUAUGGGCGGCUCCGAAGGUGAAGAACAAGAAACGAGAAGAAGCUUCCUCCGAGGUUGUCCAAGACGACACCACUAACGAUCAAACGCUUGACGACAACUCGGUCUCGCCCGUGACUCAGCUGGGUCAGAACAUCAUUCCGACAUCUGUAGGCAUGUGGUCGACUGGCUCACGUCCCAUGGACAUGCGUCAUGCCCAUAUGGACAUCGAUCUCAUGCGUGGAUGAUGAUGACGACAUACCAGGCCAUCUCUUCCCACUUUCCCCCCUCGCCAUAUAUAAGCAUGGAACUUAGGAAGACGAAGAAGAUAGAGCUAACCUUGGGAAACGUUAGAAAGACUCGUGAUUUUGAAUCUCCAGUUUGUAUUUAUCUUUAGCUGAUAAAUCGAUCAAAUGACGGUUCUUGACUUGUGAAAUAUUCCUGAAUUUAUCUUUAGUCUGUAUUUAUCAAUGUUGGCUUUUGGAUUUUA